CACGCACGCACGCACGCACGCGCACACAUACGUGACGCCGCUCCGUGCCCGACCGCCACUUGCCUGAGCAUAGGCCCCUGCCGCCUGCACUUUCGACCGACCGACCCCGCGCCCGGCCGCCCGAUCGCCCGCCCCCGCUGCCGCUCGGGCCUCGCGCCUGGCUCCGGCCAUGGACAACAGCUCACGAUGGGAGUCACUCCCCUCGGUGGCCAUUGCGCCCAAGGAUGUGUCUGAGGACUUGACCGAGGCCCAGAAAAAUGUCGUGGACCGGAUUCGCCCCGGGGCCCCGUUGCGCUUCUUGCACAUCACCUCGGUCGGUAUGAACUGGCCGAGCAAGCGCAAGACCUUCGCCGCGGCCAAGCCCCCGCCCACCACCCAGGCUCCCGGUGGCCGAGUCAUCACCCCCCUUGUGCCGGCCAUCAUCCUCCCGGACCGAGAGUACGCCGUCCUGCAGGAUGACAUGACGGACUUCCUGCAGCCUGUGUCGCCGACGGCGCGGGCCGCACACGCGGCCCGGCUCCGCUCCGGCCUGGAUGGUCUGCGCUACGCGGCCUCCUCGGCCCUGGAGGCGGAGCAGGCCUUCCUCGAGGCCCAGGCGGCUGUGUCGUUGAAGCGUGAACGCCGUCGCCGGGGCGGUGGCGCCAAGGCGGCCGCCAUCUCUGCCGCCGCGGCCCUGACCAAAUGCGAAGGAGCCACCACGCGGGCCCUGCUGGCGCUGGAGUUCAUUGCCACAGGUCGCGUUGGCCGCCGCGUUGUGCAACUCUCCUCUAAUCUGUCUCCUGCCGAGCUGGAAGAGGCCUUGGGGCCGAACUUCCGCCUGCUCCAGACGCCGGCCCCCUCGGCUGCUGGGGACUCGACUUCGGGCGCGAGCACGGCCGGCUCAGCGGCGGGUGCUUCCCCCGCAUCCGCGGCCGGGGCUGCCUCCUCGCUGUUGGGCGCCAGCCUGGCCCUGGUGAGCUGGGAGGAUGACAUCAUUUGGGAUGACGACCGGGAAACCGGCGAAGCGGCCCCGAUGGAUGUCGACUCGCCGCCGGGGCCGACCCCGGCGGAUGCCGAUCCCACGGCCCGGCUGCUGGACGCCGGCCAAGUGCGCGUGUCCUUCGGGGUGCAGCACGCGCCCAGCUGGCGCCCGGUUGCCGGGGACGCAUCCAGCGAGACGGCCACCUAUCCCUCGCACCUGGACUACUACCCCACCCGGCGCUGGCACCACGGCCUGGACUUGGAUCUCGACCGGCCGGGCAUCAACGGGACGCCCGCCGGAUGGGAGGACCUGGUCAUUUGGGAUGAUGGGGCUUCGGAUGAUGCCGAAGAGGCAUCAGACGAUGCUGAUGCCGGUGUCGAUGCCGGUGCCGAGGAUGCGCCCCCCGGCGCCUCGCCGGGGGCCAAUCCCGAAGGGCCCGGCGACCCCCGAGCCGACGGCCCGGACCACAGCCAGCCAGCCUCCCCUGGGCCGGUGGCCCCGGCCGGGGGCGAGGUGUCGGCCGGCAGCGAGACGGACCCGGUCACCGGCGAGCCGACAGCCAAGCGCCGGCGGCUGGCUGUGGCGUCCAGCGUCCGGCUUCCCGGGGCCCGUCGCCCGGGCAUCCCGGAUGCCAUGCUCAAUCCGCAAUUGAUCAUCGACCAGAGCGAUCCACAUAUGUUCCUGCUCGAGGUCAAGGUGAAGCCUGUCACCCCGAGCGAGCCGAGCCAAUCGUCGGUUCGCCUUCCCGGGCCGCUGGCCUCCCGCCGGCUGGACCUCUCGAAUUUGGGCUAUUACGCCGCCAAGCAGGAGGGCGGGGCGGAAGCGGCGCUGGCGGCGGCCGCCGGCGGCGUCAGCUCCAUCGCCAGCUCCGGCACCACGUCGCAGCAGUUCCUCAGCCGCGUGACCCUGCGGCAUUCGCUCCCUGCUCUGCAGCUGAUGGAGCCUCUGUACAAGACCUACCUCACGGCCGACGAGAUCCGACAGCUCAACCGGCCGCUUUUCCAGGCCCCCACAGUCAACCUUCACACUCUGUAUCCCUCGCGCUUGAUCUUGGAAAAAAAGCGCAAGCGCUACGAAGCCAACUCGGCCGGGGACUAUGCCACGCCGUUCCUCCUGCCGCGGGACCUGGCCCUCCGAGAGAUCGUCCCCCCGGCCGAUGGGACCCCCUUCAGCGUGUACGAGCCCAAUGACCUGGCCCUCUUUGAGUAUAGCGAGGAGCGCCCGCCGCUGCUCUCGCGCCCGGGCAUGGCCUCCAUCCUGAAGCACUACUACCGGCGACAUGUGCCCUCGUGCGGCACCGGGGUGCCCGGGCCCGGGGGAGCCGGCGGCCUGGGUGUCGGGGCCCGGCUGCGCACGGCCGGCGAUGCUGGGCCCGAUGCCCGGCCCGGCGAUGGCGAUGGCACCGAGCCGGCUCUCACCCACGAUGAGGACGACGAUGAGGAUGAGGAUGGCGAUGCCACGGAUGCCUUUGAUCAGGAGGCCGCGGCCCGUCGGCCGCCGAGCCGCCUCUCGGCCGCGGCGCUCAUCUCCAAGGCCGCGUCGCGGGGGAACCUAGACGCAGCGGACUUUGUCCUGGGCCGGACCCUCGAUGCGGCCAACAUCGCCCGACUGGACCAGCUGCCCUUCGGCGUGGUGGAGCCGCUGGAGCCCAAUGACAAGAGUCCCUUCGGCAUCUUGUCGCCCCUGCCCACCGGCGACCAUGCGACGGCCAUCUACAACAACAUGUUCCGGGCGCCGGUCUUCCAGCACCCGUCGCCGGGGACGGACUUCCUGGUGAUUUGCUCCAAUUCUCGGUAUUACAUCCGGACCAUCCCCCAUGUGUGGCUCGUUGGCCAAACGCUGCCGACCAUGCGCGUGCCGACACCCGGCUCGCGUGAUAACCAGGAAUACCUCCGCGAGCGCAUCGAGUCCUGGGCCGUGCUGGAAUUCCUCAAGGCCAAGAUGUCCACCUCGUCGGCUGAGGCGGCCGCAGUGGCUGCCGCUGUGGCGGCCUCCUCGUCCAAGGCGGCGGCCGGGGCCUCGACGGCCGCCGCGGCCGCUGCCGCCGCCGCCUCCGCCACGCCCUCCAUCCCGGAGAGCCUGCCUGACCGGGCCUUCCCGAACGUUUCCCGGGCGUACAUUCGCCGGCGCCUCAUCUCGCUGGCCGUUCGCCACCCGGGGAGUGGGAAUCUGCCGCCGCAGUACCGGCUCCGGUCGCCGGCCAGCUUGCAGCGCCAGCUACUGGAGCCGGAGCGCCUGUGUGCCUAUGAGAGCAUGCUCUAUGGCGUUCGCCAGCUGAAGGACCUGGGGUAUGGUCUGCCUCGGGGCGACCAGGCGCCAUUGGAAGCCGAGGAGCCGGAUGUGGCCACCUUCGCGGCGAUGGCCACAUCGCUGGCGGCGGCCGGGUCGACGGGCUCCGGGGCGGGGGAUCCGGCCGGCCCGGUCCCCGGCACCCCCGGCAGCGGGGCCGCCGCCGGUGAUCCGCUGCCGGAGAACCUGGUCCUCGGCCUGGCCCCAUGGCGCGUGAGUCGCAAUGUGACGGACCUCCAGACGCGCGGUGUGCCGGCCAUCAACAUCAUCGGGCCCGGGGAUUUGACCCGGCGCCAGGAGAGCCUGGAUCUGACCCGGCCGGCGGCCGGGGCCAACUGGACGGCGCGGGCCACCGGGCCCGGAGCCCGGGGGUCGGCCCCGGCCGGGGCACGGCCCGGCCCCGGCCCGGCUGGCGACAUUCACCACAUGACCGAGCAUGAGUUGGACCAGCGAGACGCCGAAAUCAACCGGGCCCUGGCGCUGGACUCGACGGCCGAAGUGCUGGCCGGCCCGGCAUCGGUGGAGGCCAUGCGCCGGCUGCCGAUCCCCCUGCGCCGGCUGACCCUCGGCGAGGCGCGCAAUAUCCUGGCCCUGCGCGAGGGUCUGGAUGAGUCGGACCUCCCGGACCGGCUGUGGGACUGCCUGGGUCUGCUGCGGGAACUCCGCUUCCGGGUGAAUCCCCACAGCAGCCGGGCCCUGAUUGCGGCUCCGCAGCGGACCCCGGCUGCCGAACUCCAGCGCCAGUACCGCCGGGAAAUUGGCCAUGUGUGGGCACGCCAGCGCCGGGCCCUGGCGCGCCCGGCCCGCGAGGCGGUCCUGGCCGAGCAAUGUGCCGCGGCGCGCCUGGGCCGGGCUCCGACCUCUGCUCCCCAGGCCCCAGGCCCGGAGCUGGAGGCCGUGCGCGCCGACUUGCCCGGCUUGGACUUCUCAGCCUACCCCGGGAGCAUUCCGCCCUCCUUGAAGAUCACGCACAUUGUGGCCAGCGAGAAUGCCGGGUAUGUGCGUCGAACGCAGACCCUCACCGACCCGCGGGUGAUUGCGGCGUACCUGGCGGCCCGGCACCGGCGCGAUUGCGAGGCCCCGCCGCCGAGUGCUGACGCUGGGGCUGAGCAGCCGACGGCGGCAGUCGCUCGGGCGGAGGCCGCUGGCGGGGUCCCGGCCUCGGCCGCUGCCCCGCUCCCGACGCCGAAGCAAGCACCAUCCUCGAGCGCUGGCCCGACGCCGAAGCAGCCUGCAUCCCCGGCAGCUGCCUCGACCGUUGGUGCCACUGGCCCGGCCUCCGCCAAGCCGGCCAAGCCCCGGGCCCCGAAGAAGAAGGUCCCGGCCAUCGGCGCCAAUGCCGCCACGGCCCUGCCGGCUCCGGCUGCCGCCGCGGUGGUUGCCACCGCUGCUGCGGGCGUUCCGCGCAAGCUGACCAUCAAGCGGCCGCUGCCGCCGGCUGGCUCGACCGAUGCGGAGAUGGCCUCCUCAUCGGCGGGCGGCUCCUCGGAACUGACCAUCAAGCUGACAGCGCCUGCGGCCGUGGCGGCCCCGGCCCCCGGCGUCUCGGCAGGCUCGGCCGCCGCUGCCGCUACCAACACCAAGCGCUGCAGCUCCUGUCACCAGGUUGGCCACUUCCGCACCAGCCGCGCGUGUCCGAACUACAAGUCCAAGGGCUCCGGCUCGGCGGCCUCCUCGUCGACCUGAGCGCCCGGAUAGCCCGUCCCCCUGCCUCCAUUUCCCCCUUCCUUCUCUGUCUUUGUAUCCCUCUAUCUGCCUCGCCUCCCCCUUCUCUCUCUCUCUCUCUCUC